AUGGCGUAUAGGGAGAUCGAUCGAGCGCUUGUCACUGCGCUCGCGGAGAGGUGGAGACAGGAGACGCACUCCUUCCACCUACCUGUUGGUGAGACGACCGUUACGUUACGGGACGUGGCGAUUCUUACGCGCCUUCCAGUACAUGGGUCUGCGGUGACAGGACACGCGUUAGUCGAUCCCGUCGGUUUGGUUGGUCGGGUUCAGAGAUACGCCCGGGCGUACUUGUUCUUCCUCAUCUCGGGCGUGUUGUUCGGGAAUAAGAGCGGGAUCCAUCUUCCGUAUUACCGAGACGCCCUAGACCGACUCACCGAGGACCAGGUGACAUGGGACCCGUAUGUACCUGACUUGGUAGAUGCCAUGCCUCCACAUCUGCUAGACCAUCAGGCGGAGUGGCGUGCUAGGGUCCCCCUGAUCUGUUUCGAGGUUGUGGAGAGUCACCUGCCCGACCGAGUCAUGAGGCAGUUUGGACUACGCCAGACUAUCCCACAGGGGUGUGACACUAGUGUACAGCUUCACGGCAUUGAUCGUCGGGGAAAGGGGGAGACCAGCUGGGCGCUGGAGCAUUGGCGUUUCCUUCAGCUAUGGGAGCAACGGUUGGAGUUCAUCGUUGGAGGUGAUCUAAUGCAGGGGGCUAUGGAUCCCGACGAUCCGUACAUGGUGUGGUACAGGCGUAUCACACGACGCUUCAUCAACCCCAGCUACGCACCACCAUCCACACAUUACCAUCCAGCAUAUGACAUCAUUAGCGGAUAUGCGGCGGAUAUGGUGGCGAUGGUUGAUGCGCUAUCAGUCUCCCUUGAGUGCGGACCCACUAGAGCCCAGGUCGAGCAGGUGCGAGAUAUGGGCGUCGCUACCUUACGGAGAUAUGGUCACGCUCAUCUCGCCCACCGGCGGGACGGUCAUGAUGGCAACUCACAGUUCGAUCUCGGCCAGAGCAGCGGUGGAUGUGAUCCUACGUCACCCAGACACGCAGAGGAUUACAACAUCCACAGUACUGCGCCCUCUGGUACCCAGGAGGACCCCUCGUCCAGUCAGCUGACUCCCCCACCGCCCCGAGACCCAUUCACCACCGUCACUCAUUACAGGCGGCGACGUGUCAGACGGAGGGCCGACACUCAGGAGGCAGGACCUUUACCCCGAAUAAAUGAGUCGGGCUAGUAUUAUCUGUUGUAUUCCCUGUUAUUUUGUGUAAUGAUGUACAUAACACUUAUGAAAUUAAUAUAAUAAAUCUUUUUUGAAUGACUCCGUGUGUGCUUUGAAGUUAAUUUGGUGGUUGGACUGUUGUUGGGCUGUUUCGAGUUUUCUGCAGUGCUUAAAGUUGACGGAACUCCCAGAAUAUGGUGGUGGUACGUGGUGGGGAGUGGCGGAGUUGGUGGUCGACGGUGGUGGGGUAGGGCUGUGGAGCUGGCUGUUGUGGUGGCUGUUGGAGGACUGCAGCAUGCAAGCUGUUUGCUGAAGCUUGUUUUCUGCCUGGAUGCUGGUUGCUGUUUCCAGCAGAAAAGCGCUGUCUGAGACAGCGCUUUAUGUUCAAGCAUAAAGCGCUGUCUGAGACAGCGUUUUAUGUUCAAGCAUA